AGGGUUCUUGUUUUUAUAGGGCGUGCGAACUCCCGUCUCUGAUCAUAAAGGCAUUCUACCCCUAACUGAUCUGUUAGAGUCCUACCUGCAGCCUGGCUCGGGCCUCCCCAAACCACACCGCGCGUACUUCGCGAGUCCUUACCGUCGCCUAACUCGCGUCAUAAAGCCUCGGCAUUGACAUCUUCGACUUAGACGAUGGAGUAUGCAAAAUAUGAGCGCUUAUCCAGUCAAGAUAACUCAUAUGCUCGCGGCAAGCCUUCGGCGGAGUCCUCCAUCUCAACCAAAGGCUUCUCCCUGAGGCAAAGGUUAGUGAGGUCUGCCUUUUCGACGACUACGUUGAUGAGCUAUUGUGCUCUCUCAACUACCAUCAUAGUCUUCCUAACCGCUGCUGUCCUUGGCCAUGUCCGCACCGAUACGUCAUGCCAACCGAGGAGUCGAAACGGACAAUCCUUCUAUGGGGUACUGGGCAGCGAUCCGUCUUACAUGUCUUUAGACCACAAGUACGACAGCCUCUGGGAGGACCUUGGAUCCACUGGGUUGGUCAUAAAACUUCCAGAUGAUGACUACGGCGGAGAGCCAAGGCACGCUUCCAUCUCCAUGUUCCAUCAACUUCAUUGCCUGUCUUCUCUGCGACACGCUAUCCAGCAGGCCCGCGAGGGCAUAGAUCCGGGUUUUGACUGGCGGGACAACGAUCAUUGGCCCCAUUGCAUGGAGUAUCUGCGCAAGACCUUGCUCUGCUGGGCGGACGACCGCAUCGAGCGGCGGUUUGUCUUCGAAAACGGAACGAGUUCGUCUUUCAUUGACGGGUCGCAAGACGUGAGAGCCUGCGGCGACAGUCGGCGUCUGAUUCAGUUGAUGCGGGACCAUGGAAAAGACGUAUCUACGAGACCGUUUCCUUGAUCUGCAGCAAUGGCAUAUCACAACAUAUAGCUACAUUGCCUAUCGGGUAUGCCUUUUAUAUCUGAGAAUUGAUGUAGGUGUUGGGGCCAAGUACGUCAGUGUCCCGUUCUCCCGGCGAUCUAUCCAUAUAGUAGAACCAUACAACCCAGUCUGAUAAAACUGGUGUGCUUGAGGCUCCUAGAUAAUAAUUGAGUCGUGCAGUUCCAUCGGUAAUUAAAUGUAUUUAUUCAUUCCCAA